AUGACAUACGGCACUUUAAGUUUGCUGAGACCAAUCCAAUCGUUUGGGAGAAUGGUGUCGUAUUCGUCUUCGAGUGGAAUGGGUGGUACACGGCUCACCGGUUACCUCUAUUCAACAAAACUGAACACAACACUCGUGAGGUCGAAAAUUCCUCUGCAUCCGAAAGACGACCCCGUUAAAUGUCUAGUUGUAAGCCCAUUUGCUUCGGACAAGUCGGCUGCAGCCAAAGCAAAAAUGGCCAACACAAAACAAGACUAUAUAAUUGAACCGGACAAGAUCGAGAAGACGUUGGGAUUUUGGUGACACGUCGGAAACAAACCGAUGGCCGGUAUUGAAUGCGACAACGAAAUUUUAGUCAAUUUACCACGCGGAGAAGUUUCAGCCGAAAUGUAUGUUAUAGACGAAGAACCUUUGCCAAAAAAGGCGAAAAAAAGUAAUGCUGAAGAUCCAACUCCUGUCUCCCUUGAUCAAUUUAAUACCGUUUCUGACGAAUUUUGCGACGGAUCGUCUUUACUUCGAUCACGAGAAGAGGAUGAAAACGUUGUUCCGCUUUCUUCCACCAUCACUGUCGGUGCCACUCAAACUACCGAUGUAAAUAUUCAUGAAAUGGCUUCCAACUUACUGCAGUCUAGUUCAGGUGCUUCCCUAUCUUUGCGUACUGCUGUUGCAUCUGACGGAACCGUUCAAGCAAGUGCUGACGAAGCGAACACGUUUGUCGUCCGACCGUCUACAGUGUUCGCUUCUGAGUCAGAUGAAGAUUAUUUAGAAAAACAUUACCCGGACCUUUUCCCGUUCGGCCGUGGUGGUUUCGGAGAAAAACGAAAAUAUCGCAUAUCCCGCAAAGCCUAUUUGUCGUACCUGUUAAAUCUAAGCACUUGCCAAUUCCAGCAUGUCGACUUUUUGUUGCCGCUAUACGACAUGACAACUCGUCAAGAAGUGGCCAGCAAAGCGUUCAUCCGAUCAAAACUGCCAUCGCGAGAAAAUUCGUCGGAGGGUGCAGUUUCUAAAGGUGAACUAUUCGGGAGAAUUUCAACCCGUGCCUUGAAAAAAGUGGGAGAAUUUCAAAAAGCUUGUGCUGAAGCAGCGGCUAGGGGAGUUCGUUUGCCGCUAGCUCCUUCCGACGUCGACGGCGUCAGUUUGGAAUUUUUCAACAGCAUCAACAUUUCUAACCAGCCGAUGCAGCACUCGCAAGCUGCAGCUAUGCGAAACCGCCAAGACGUUUACGCUGCCCACAAUAUACUUGGACCAGCUCAAAUUUGGUUCACAGUAAGUCCUGACGACACGAAAACACUCAAAAUUGUCUAUUACGCCCUCGGACCGGAAAAAUCGCUGGCUCAUGAAAGAAUAACUCCAUCAGAAGAAUUCCGUUUCAACCUUCUAGCCGAUUGCCCCGUAGCGGCUGCGCAUCAUUUCGAAAACAUUCUCGACGACAUUGUUGAGCACAUCGUUGGUUGGUGUAAAAAAAUGGGACAACCCAAAAAAUUGGGUGGACUUUUCGGAAUCUGCAAAGCCUAUUUGAGGGUGAUCGAGGAGCAAUCACGAUUGACUCUUCACGCGCAUUUUCUUAUUUGGAUAUACGGCCACGUUAAUCUUAAAGAACAGCUGCAAGAAGCUAUCAACAAGGAUUUCUUCAACGCUGAACGAAUUGAGCUUAUUCCCGAAGAAAACUGUGAGGCUACUGUACGUCCAUCAUCAAUUGGUGAAUUGCUGACUACUGAAAAUGAAUCAGAAGAAUCCCAUUUGAAAAGUAUUCUCGAAAAACUCGAAAGAAACCUUGAUAGCUACUCUGUGGGUGAACUUCAACUGCCCGCUCCGGAAAUGCAAAUGCUCACAGCAUGUAAUAAUCCUGAUUGUAUCGGUCAAAGGGAGCUCAUUGAUCAAGAAAUGUUGACAAUAAUGCGAUCGCGUCCGACCAAAGAUGAAGGUGAGCUGGAAGCUCUACAGUGUUCCGUUUGCAACAUCAAAUCGACGUGCAGUGAUCGCAUUCAAAUGGCCUUUGAACACGGUUACAUGCGUUGCCAUAAAAAAUCCAAACCAAACAAACAACAAAUUUUGGACCUAAUGUGGGUAGGUUUACGAUCUAAACCACAGAUUGAAGACACGCAUCAACUAGAUUGUUGGAUUUUGGAUGUUGCCAUCAUUCAUGAUUUAGUCAACAUUCAUGACUGGCGCCACCGCGCUAGUUGUUUCAAAAUUCGGCAAGAGCAAUGUCGUUACCACUGUCCCCACGGUGAAUCGACGACUCAUGCCACACCCGAAUACAACGAAAAAAUACCAGACAAGGCCAACGAAUCAUCACCAAAGGAGAUAAUCAAAAUUAAUCUUCAAAUCCAAAGACGAGCAAUAUUCAUGUUUCUGACCGAUUGCAACUUGGCCGUCCUCGCCGUUCUCAAAUGCAACAAUUGCACCCGAUACGUCCUCAAUCAACUCAUAAGUAUGUAUUACGGUUGUUACACAACCAAACAUACAAAAGAAAAUGAGAAGGCUCUAGUGGAACUCUUUCGUGCGCUCAACGCGUACGAAGACAAAUUGAACGCCGCAAAAGCAAGAUCCAAUCCAGAAGAAAUGAAUGGCAGUAACAGUUCCGCGACGACGGAACGAUCCGAUUGGUCUAUAGGUUACAGCCGAUUACUUGUCGCUACAAGAGCGUCAACUAACGGUGAAACGAUCGGAGCCCCUUUGGCAGCUUUUCUAGCCAGAGGAAAUCAUCUUUUUGAAAUGUCUCAUGAUACUGCCCCACUGCUUCUGCAGCAGGCAUUAGCAUUUCUCAACGGAAGUCAUUUGAACGCUUCAAUCAACAAGAACGGAAUAAUUAUGGCCGCAGUUUUCGAUUACGUUUAUCGAACUACCGAUGGUCCGUCUUUCUCACUCAUGAACAUGUGGGUAUUCGUGGCGACUCAAGAACAAUGCCUUUUUAGUAAAUCAACUAAGCAGAGAAAAGAUGACGAUAAUAUGUCAGACGAAGACGGCCGUGUUCUCCCAGACGACGACAACAACAAAAACGGCACCAGCAGUCACCGGACUCAACAUCGUUUUCAACCCUCUCACCCUCUCUAUGCAACUCAUGGGCAUCGCGAACGAUAUCGUCAUCGAUGGCCGAAAUAUUCAGCCAAAAGAUUGCCUGAUAUUCUUGAUUUAGAUAACGAAAAAGACAGCAUGAUUGAAACACGUGACGCAAAGCGAGAAUUAUACGCUCAGGGCGUGUUAAUCAUGUUCGUCUCGUAUCGCACUCUUUCCGAUUUACAAAAAGAAGGGGACAGUUGGUGGGCGUCUUACUUAAAAGGAAAAGAAGAAAUCGAACGCAACUCAACUACCAUGGCAAUACUACACAACAUCCAGAAUUUUUAUGAAAGCUUCUGUCGAUCCGGAAACGACGCUGAAAAUGAAGCACACUUUCACCGUCCCAGUGAAAAUGUCGCCGGAAAACCGGACGAUCUCGACAACGACGCCGUCGACCUCCUCGACGUGCAAGAGCAACUUAACCAACCCGCUACUAGCACCAACCAAUUCCAAGACACUCUGCGAGAUCCUUCCGUUGCUAAACUCGUCAGUUUGUCUCAAAACCCCCUUCAACUCGCUCCAACUGUGACACGUCAAUCAGUAAAUCCAUUGAAUGCAGCAAAAGCUGUCGGUGAUCUCCGUCAAUCAACCAUCAGAAAGAAAUUUCAACUGCCCAACAGAGCUAAAAUCGGGGACAUCGUUAACAACGACGAAAAUAACGACAUAAUUCUAGACCAACCAAAAGGAACUCGAAUUGAUUUACUGCAAAAUCUGGACCGCGCACUUCAAGUCGCCAAACACACUCGGACCCUAAACGACGUCAAAGAACCCGAGAUUUCCGAUGCUAAUUUCCCAACGUUGACGGAACAUAAGCACUGGACCCUCAACAGCAAGCACCAUAAAGCGUUUAUCCUAGCCGGCGCAGCGCUACUGCAACACGUAGCCAACGCCAUUAAUUCAAGAGAGCAAACAGCCAUCACGAAAAGAAUUUCCAGUGACAUCAAAAUGAAACUGAAAAAAAUCUUACCCAAAGACGGACAGCUCAUCAUGUAUCUCGGAGGUUCGGGUGGCACUGGGAAAUCGCGUGUCAACGCUUUCGUCGACUUUUCACGCCGAUGGCAUUCAACCACUUCCGUCGUCGUCACCGCCUCUUCCGGUGUAGCUGCUGUCCUCAUCGGUGGCUGCACCAUUCACGGCGCACUUGGCAUCCAGCCUCUGAUGACACCUAAACCACCGUCAUCCGAAAUGAUAACCGCAUGGUCAGAAGUGGGGGUGAUGCUUAUCGACGAAUUUAGUAUGGUCAAGGCGGAUCUGUACGAUCUCCUGGACUCCCGGUUACGACUCUUAAAGGCUAAUAAUCAAUUACCAUUCGGUGGUCUCCAUAUGAUUUAUUUUGGCGACUUCUACCAAUUGCCUCCAGUAGGCAGUUCCAUCUACAAACCAGCGGCAAGAUACCAAAACGAGCGCAACGAUCACGCCAUGGCGGCGAUGUGA